CGGCGGAGCCCCGCAGCCCCCAGCCCAACGCCCGGCCCCGCACCCGGCUGUCCCGCACCCGGUCCGGCUCGGCCCCCGCCGCAGCCCCCGGAGCCGCAGCGAGCGGGGCCGCGGGGCUUCGGCCCGAGAGCACUGCUCCCAUGGCCACGCCGGACGUCAGUGUGCACAUGGAGGAGGUGGUGGUGGUGACGACACCGGACACGGCAGUGGAUGGCAGUGGGGUGGAGGAGGUGAAGACAGUGCUGGUCACCACCAAUCUGUCCCAGCAUGGCAGUGACAUAAAUGAGGACACCCUGGAGACUGAAAACGCAGCCGCUGCGGCCGCUGCCGCCUUCACAGCAUCCACACACCUGAAGGAAGCAGUGCUAGUGAAGAUGGCUGAAGACGAGGACAGCUUGGAGGCAGAGAUCGUGUACCCCAUCACCUGCGGGGACAGCAAAGCCAACCUCAUCUGGAGGAAGUUCGUGUGCCCCGGGAUCAAUGUGAAGUGUGUGCAGUUCGACGGACACCUCAUCAGCCCCAAGGAGUUUGUGCACCUGGCAGGAAAGUCCACUCUGAAGGACUGGAAGCGGGCGAUCCGGAUGAACGGGAUCAUGCUCCGGAAGAUCAUGGACUCGGGGGAGCUGGAUUUUUACCAGCACACCAAGGUCUGCUCCAACACGUGCCGGAGCACCAAGAUUGACCUGACGGGUGCCAGGGUGUCCCUGAGCAGCCAGACCUCCACGGAGUACAUCCCUCUCACUCCUGCUUCCACAGAUGUGAACGGAUCCCCAGCUACAAUUACCAUAGAAACAUGUGAGGAUGCCAGCGAUUGGACCACCAGCAUUGGAGAUGACACCUUUGCGUUCUGGCGAGGCCUGAGGGAUGCAGGUCUGCUGGAUGAUGUCAUCCAGGAGUUCCACCAGGAGCUGCUGGACACCAUGAGGGGUUUGCAGCAGCGGGCGCAGGACCCCCCCUUGCAGCUGGGAGAUGCUGUCCUACUCAACAACGUGGUGCAGAACUUCAGGAUGCUGGACCUGGUCAAGAAAGUCCUGGCCAGCCACAAGUGCCAGAUGGAUCGCUCCAGGGAGCAGUACACACGGGAUCUGGCAGCUCUGGAGCAGCAGUGUGAUGAGCACCGCAAGCGUGCCAAGGAGCUGAAGCACAAAUCGCAGCACCUCAACAACGUGCUGAUGACUCUGACUCCUGUCUCUGUCCCCACACCUUUAAAACGCCCUCGGCUCACCCGGGCCACCUCCGGACCGGCUGCCAUCACCUCCCAGGUGCUGUCCCAGCCGGCGCAGAUCGCCGUCACCCCGGCUGUGCCGAUGUCCCAACUUGCCAGCCUGCCUCUGGGCAAAGUGGUCUCGACUCUCCCAUCCUCGGUGUUGGGUAAAACCCCAUCCCAACCGCCUGCCGCCAGCUCUCCGGCCUCCCCGCUGCUGGGUGGCUACACUGUACUGGCCUCUGCCGGCAACGCCUUCCCCGGCGCGGUGGAAAUCCACCCGGACGCUCCCAACGUGACGGUGCUGAGCACGGCGGCAGCGACCGCUCAGGACAGCAGCACGGUUGUGAAGGUGCUCAGCCCUUUCCAGCUGCUGGCGCUGCCGGGGCUCGGCGCCGCCAUCCAGAACGUGACGCACGUGAGUGGCGGCGGUGCGGUGCUCAGUGUGCCCUCCGAGGGUCCCACGGCCGAGCACAACGCUGCCAUCGAGGUGACGGCGGUGGCCGAUGAAGCAGAGCAGAAGUGAAGGAGGGGGGGCCCUGCCUGGAGGGGACAUUCGUCACGGCGCUCGGGGGAACGGCCUUGGGUCUGCGUGGUGCAAUGAGGGGCGUGGGGUGAGGAGGCUCAGGGCGGCUGGAGCUGGGAGCGAGGAGGUGUGCGGGGCAGGCAGCGAGGGAAGGGAGGAUGCCUGGAGGAGAUGAGGGCGGCAGCGUGCUCUGCCCUGCUGGGAGGAGGUCUGGAAAAAAAGAAAAACCCAAAAAGAAACAAACAAAAAAAAACAUUAAGGCUAAGUUUUUAUAAAGCUUUCCUCCCUGCUCUCUUGGGACAGUUACUCCACGCUGCAUCUGAGGAGCAGGGUAGGGUGUAGUGUGAGCUGCUGGAGCAUGGAGCGCUGCGCCGGCACCGAGCUGGCUGCUGGGAGCCCACAGGCAGCAGUGGGAUGAGUGUGGGGCCACUCUGUGUCCCUGUCCUGCAGCACAGAGGGGCACGGAGCCCUGGGGCUGACCCUUGGGUGCAGGCACUGUGAGCGGGUGGCCCAGGUCAGAGCGAGGAGGAUCCCAGGUUGUGAUUCCCCAGAGAACAGAGGAACCCAGAGGGCCGGGAAGAGCUGCGACUUCUGGGGUUUUAGGGUCUCUUUUCUAUUUUUCUCAAAAAAAAAGAAAAAAAUAAUAAAAAAAAUCCAUUUUUAGGAUUUUUUUUUUUUUUUUAAUUAAAGGUUGGGAGCACAUUACUGGAUUACUAAGGCAGAAUGGGGUGCUGGGUGCAGAGUGAAGGGCUGAGCAGCAGCAACCCCAUGCCCAGCAUCAUCCCACUGGGUGCUGGCAUCCAUCACCCGCUGCAGGAGGAUGCUCUGAAGGAAUGGGGUGCUGGCCUCAAGCACACCCCAGUGUUUGGGUGCUGGGAGGAGCUGGUUGCCUCAGGUGUGGGUUUUCUAUGAGCUCAGUCUGGCAGCAGCAAUGGCAGGUUGCUUCUAUCUGCUAAUAAACGUGGUGGUGUUUUUUUUUU